CAAAUCCCAAAACAGUAAACCUCACAGUCAACCGCGAGUUUCCCCCAGCGGGCAAAGUAAACUUGUUAAACUAGCGAUGCCCCCAUGGUUGCUUUGAGGUUAUUAUAUUAUAGCGUAGCCUUUUCCUAGCAUAUGGUUUUAAGCGAAUUUCACGGGUUCGUAGCUAAAGUUGCUACGUAAAUAAAUCCCGCGAUCGCCAAUUGGCAGAAGAAGUGCAUGACGGAGGCGGCGGAGGCGUUGUCUGAGAUCUGGCCCUCUAUCCGAUGGUUAGAUAAAGUCAAAAACAAGUAUCACGGCCUCAAGCAGGCCUAUAGGGACUGGCUAGACUUUGGGCAGAGGUCAGGGGUUACCGUUGAUCCGCUCACCGGUGUUUAUCAGGCCAGCGAGGCGGCUUGGUAAGCGUUCUUUGCAGUGCGGCCCAAGUCCCGUUGGCUCCGGAAACGCCCUCUUUUCCGGGCUGACCUUCAUGAACUCGCCUUUUCACCUAACUGGGCGACAGGGGACCAGGUCGCUACCGCGGCCUCGCGCCUAGCGGAAGGGAGCGACGAGGGGGAGGGCCGGCCCCCCGGUCCUCCCGGCCACCUCGGCCGGCCAAACGAGUGCGCACGGGACGGGAGUUUAAAAGGCUUGGCCAACUUACGCUAGCGGAAGCCUAGAUGCACGUCGGUAAUUGUUUCCUUGAGGCGGCACAAACGCUUGCCGGGGCCGGAGAGUCUGACUGGGACUUUCCCCCUCCCAACCGGCCUCCCGGCCGGCCUCUUUUCCCGGCCUUGAGCACGCACUCCUCCCGGGCCUU